AUGUAGCGACUAGCGAGUGUAGAAACAACACCAUUUUUUUUCCCCAAAGCGCUCCUUUUACCACUUUUCAAAACCCCAAAACCCCGAAAUAUUCGCAUUGGCGCAUUGCUAGUUUUUCUACUCCUCCAUCCCACUACCAGUCUGCUCGCACUACAAAGAAACGAAGAAAGAGAGAGAGAUAAAAAUGGCGAACGAUGCAGACAUGAGUGGUUGGACUGACCUUCUUCAUUCCUCCACGAAGCUUCUCGAACAAGCCGCUCCUUCUGCUCAGUUUCCUCCUCUUCAGAGGAAUUUGGAUCAAUUGGAAGCUUUGUCGAAGAAACUCAAGGCUAAAACCCUAAGAAGUGAAGCUCCUUCUCAGUCUAUCGCUGCUACAAGGUUGUUGGCUCGUGAGGGAAUCAACGCAGAGCAACUUGCAAGGGAUUUAAAGUCAUUCGAAUUAAAGACCACCUAUGAGGAUGUUUUCCCAGCUGAAGCAACUUCUGUUGAGGAGUAUCUCCAACAGGUGCAUGAGAUGGCAAUGCUGUCAGCCAUCCAGGAAGCUCAGAAGGAUAAUCUGAGAAAUUUUAAUGACUAUAUGAUGAAGGUUUUGGAGGAUGAUUGGCAAAAGGAAAAAAGGGAUUUUCUUCAAGGCUUGAGUCGUAUUUCAACAUUACCACGUUCAAAUACCGGCGAAGCAACUGGUGCAAUUACUUAUCCGGGUCAAAUAGUAUCAGUGGCUUCCACUCAUCAAUCCCUUAAUGGUCCCUCCAGUAUGGAGAUUGUCCCUCAUGCUAAUAAGUCUAUCGAGGAGAAAAAAUCAUCAGUUUAUGCUGAGGUUGUGAGGAGUCUCAACAGUGCUAGGGAGCGUGCUUUAUCAUUUAAACCUGCUGCAGCAUUCAAGGCUGCUUUUGAAAGUCUGGGUCUUGAGGCAUCUGGGGGGAGAUCAGUCGGCAUGCAGAAGAUAUGGCACCUUGUGCAGGCAUUGGUGGGUGAGGAUCUGAACGUUCAGCAAAAUGUUUCAAAGAAAAUGCUAUUGGUUAGUGGUGCAAGGCGGCAUCUGGAGUGGGGACAUUCAAAGCAUGUGAUCGAAACAAUACAAAAUCAUCCUGUACAGGCUGCACUAGGGGGCUCAGUCGGUAAUCUACAAAGAAUACGUGCCUUUCUUCGGAUCCGCUUACGAGAUCAUGGUGUUCUAGAUUUUGAUGCAGUUGACGCCAGGAGGCAACCUCCUUUAGAUACAACUUGGCAACAGAUUUAUUUCUGCUUGAGAAGUGGGUAUUACGAUGAAGCGAAGAGUGUAGCUCAGUCAUCUCGUGUUUCUCUUCAAUUUGCUCCUCAGCUUUCAGAAUGGAUAGCUACUGGAGGUGUGGUAUCUGCAAACACAGCUGCUGCUGCUUCUGAAGAAUGUGAAAAAAUGUUUAGGAUGGGUGAUCGUGGGGCUCGAGCAGUGUAUGACAGAAAGAAAUUGCUACUUUAUGCUAUGAUUUCUGGAUCACGCAGGCAGGUUGAUCGCCUGCUUAGAGAGUUGCCAAAUCUUUUUAAUACCAUAGAGGACUUUCUUUGGUUCCAGUUGUGUGCCAUACAUGAGAGUUCUCAUGCUGUCUCUUCCUCUGUACUGAAUGAGGGAUCUGUGCCUUACACCUUGGAGGAUUUGCAAACAUAUCUCAACAAGUUUGAGCCAUCGUAUUACACUAAGAGUGGGAAGGACCCUCUUAUGUAUCCAUAUGUUUUGCUUUUAAGUGUGCAGUUGUUACCAUCUGUCAUCUACUUGUCAAAGGAAAUGGGUGAAGGGUUUAACAUCGAUGCAGUCCACAUAGCAAUUACAUGUGCAGAUUAUGGGGUCUUCUCAGAAGGUGUUGCUGCACGACAGAAGCCGGGGUUGAUGGAUGCUUUUGCUGAAGUAUCUAGCAUGAUUAGGCAGUAUGGUUCUGCAUACGUAAGAGUUGGGAAUCUUCCUGUGGCAUUGGAAUAUUACGCACAAGCAGCUGCUGCAGUUGGAGGUGGCCAGUUGUCAUGGGUAGGAAGAGUUAGUUUAGAUCAGCAAAGGCAGAGGAGCUUGAUGCUGAAGCAGCUUCUUACAGAGUUGUUGUUACGUGAUAAUGGAAUUCAUCUCUUACUUGGACCUAGAGGGGCUGGAGAGGAAGCUGAACUGAGACGGUUUUUUACUGAUGCUUCUGCAAGGCAGCAGUUUCUACUUGAAGCAGCUCGGCAGUGUCAGGAAACUGGUUUAUAUGACAAAUCCAUAGAAAUUCAGAAGAGAGUUGGUGCAUUUGGAAUGGCUUUGGAUACAAUUAACAAGUGCCUAUCUGAGGCAAUAUGCUCACUGUCGCGUGGUAAACUGGAUGGUGAUAGUCGUACAGCUGCACUCAUCCAUUCUGGAAAUGAGAUCUUAGAGAUGUGCAAAUAUUAUCCUGAAAUCAGUGUAAAAGAUAGGGAGCAUGUUAUAGAACAAGAAACUGUCUUAAGGCAGCUUGAGGCAAUACUGUUCAUUCACGAGCAGGCACGACAGGACCACCAUUUGGAUGCAUUACGAGAGAUCGCAAAGCUUCCUUUCCUGCCAUUGGAUCCACGUGCACAAGGGUUGACCAUGGACUCUUUCCAGAAUCUAUCCCCCUACGUCCAGGCUUGUGUCCCUGACCUUUUAAGAGUUGCCUUUAGUUGCUUGGAUAAUGUGACAGAUACCGAUGGAUCUCUUCGUGCCUUAAGAACAAAGAUUGCAAAUUUCCUGGCGAGCAAUCUGCAUCAAAAUUGGCCUCGUGAUUUGUAUGAGAAGGUCGCUAGAAGUUUUUGAAGUAAAGCAUAGGGGAAAAGCUGGCAGCUUGGACAGUGUUUUCAAGCUUACUUUCAGUCAGGUUUUGGGCACCAAGCGCUCGCCAUUCCUCUUGCACAUUUUGUACAAAUAUGAAGCAAGAAUUUCUUUUUCUUCUCUUUUGCCCUUUUGUUUUGGUUUUCUCAACCACCCUGUAUGCAAAUAUUUAUAGAGUAUUUCUUGGCACAGCAAAAAUCAGGGGGCUUGGGGUGUUUGUUUUAGGUUAUCUUGUUGUCCUGCCAUCAAAAUUUGUACCUGUGGACAGCUUGAAAGUAUUAGAGGCCACUAUCAUACUACUUUAGUGAUAUUUUUCGGCUAUGAUCACCGAUAAUAGAAAUUGUUAGCGCGGUAGAGCAAAUGAAUAGUCUUUUUAACCA